GAGCAUCAUGCUCAGACCGCCGCUACCCAGUCCCUUAAGAUCAAAGAUCUAGGACGACCCAGCAAUAAGUUUAAUGGUAUGCGGGACAUCACCGCUUUGGAUCAUCACAUGCUUCUCAUGUACCAUUAUGAAUGCGGCGUCGCUGCUCAAGCGCUUGGGUCUCUCUCCUGGCUAGGGUCGUCAUAUAAAAAUGUGCAAGAUUUGUGGAGGAGUUGCAGUUGCAGAAGCACAAGUGGUACCAGGAUGGUCAACCUCCAAGUUCCGAAUCUUCCAUCGGUCGCAAUCCCCUUGUGGUUCAAUGAAUAUCUGGUUUCGUGUGGGAAGGACUUGUUCGCAAGACCUUGCGGAUCGACCUUAUUGGAGUCGGCAUAUCAUUACAAUCGCGCUAUUGUGAGAGCGACUGAAUGCAAUUAUUGCCGAAGCACGGCCGUUGAUAGUAUGGGCAAAUUCCGUGCUUUGUAUGUCGCACAAGUUGACAAGGUGGUAGAGACUGUGAGUUCUUCCUGCCAACUGAUCCAUCACCGAUGCAAAGCUUACCUUGCUUCUGUAGGUGAGAUUGAAGGAGGUUUCUUGAACUACUUGCCGUCGUGUUGCUACUGUUGAAUGCUACCAUUAGAACUUAUCGUUGUGUAGGAGAAUAAAAGUCACAGAGCAGGCAUUAAGAC